AUGUCAACCACUCAGGAAUCUGCACCUGCCGCUACUCCGUCCGCUCAGCCGACGGCCACUCAGGACAUUCCCGGCAUCGUGCAGCGGGCUCGUGAGCGGUUCAAUGAAGAUGUCACUCGUCCCCUGGCGUGGCGCGAUGCGCAGCUGGCCGGCUUAGCGGAGUUUGUCACGAAAGAAGCCGAUGCCAUCCAGGAAGCUCUGCGUGACGAUCUGAGGAAGGCGGAUUUCGAAAGUUACAUGGCGGAAAUCUGGCCGCUGACGAUUGAGGUCGCUGAUGCCAGAAAGAACCUCAAACGCUGGACGUCUCCACGCAAAGUGAAAACACCUUCAGUGCUGAAACCGGCGUCCGGUGUUCUGCGACCGGAUCCACUGGGAGUCGUACUGAUUGUUUCGCCGUGGAACUAUCCCAUGAACCUGGUACUGGCUCCGCUGGUGGGAGCCAUUGCGGCUGGUAACUGUGCGGUGCUCAAGCCCUCGGAACUGGCUCCGGCGACAUCGCGGCUGCUGGCAGAACGUCUUUCGAAUUAUGUGGAUGGAGAGUGCUUUCCGGUGGUCGAGGGUGCGGUGCCGGAAACGACCGCGUUGCUGGAUCAGCGAUUUGAUCACAUCUGUUACACCGGUGGAGCACGAGUGGCUCGGAUUGUGAUGGCGGCCGCGGCCAAACAUCUGACACCCACCACGCUCGAACUGGGCGGCAAGAGUCCCUGCAUUGUGCACGACAGCGCGAAACUGGGCGUGACGGCAAAACGCAUCGCGUGGGGGAAAUUCAUGAACUGCGGCCAGACCUGCGUGGCUCCGGAUUACAUCCUGGUAUCAGAGUCGUGUCAUGACGCUCUGGUUAAGGAGCUGAAAUCGACGAUUGAUGAAUUCUACGGCAGCGAUGUUCAGCAGAGUCCGGACUAUCCGCGGAUCGUCAAUGAAGCCCACUUCGAUCGCGUGGCGGCACUCAUCGAUCCCGACAAGGUGGCUCACGGAGGCCAGACCGAUCGCUCCGACAGGUUCAUUGCUCCGACACUGAUGACCGAUGUGACGGCCGACGACGCGGUGAUGCAGGACGAGAUCUUCGGGCCCGUCCUGCCGAUCAUCAAAAUCCGCGAUGUGGACGAAGCCAUUCGGAUGGUCAACAGUCGCGAAAAGCCCCUGGCGCUGUAUCUGUUUGCUGAAGAUAAAGGGGUGGAGGAGCAGGUUCUGUCGCGAACGACGGCCGGCGGUGUGACGGUGAAUCAUACGAUCCUGCAUCUGUCCAACGGCAACAUGCCGUUUGGCGGCGUGGGCGAAAGCGGUAUGGGCGCUUAUCACGGCAAAUGGGGUUUCGACACGUUCUCCCACCUGAAGCCGGUGCUGAAGAAGGCGACGUGGAUUGAUCCGCCGAUCACUUAUCCGCCGUACACAUCCUGGAAGAGCAAGCUGCUGAGUCUGUUUGGUUAG